AUGGAAGAGCAAAAGUCCUAAAGUAGCUAUCAACAAAUAUUAAGCAAUGACCCUAAGCUAAUUUAGGAGAUAUGUAUUUCAUAAAGAUUAGAGAGUAAAUAAAUAGAGAUUAUGCUUAAAAAACUAUAUGAACUUUCUAAUCUCAAAAGCUUUAUUGUUAAUUUAUAAAAUAGUUCUACUUGUAAGUCUAUAACUCAAUAAAUUAUAUUAGAAAUAUAGAAAUGCCCAUCUUUAAGCUCUAUAAAUCUAAACUUUUCAUAAAACCAGUAAAUAAAUGAGUUAUUACCUUUACUAAAUAUGAAUGUUUUUAGAAAACUAGAAUCCCUCUCAUUAUAUUUAUAAUAGACUUCUCUUUAAGAUGAAUAAAUACAGCUACUAGCAAAGUCAAUAACAUAAGUAACAUCUCUGAUGUAAUUGGUGAUAAAUCUAUCGGAAAAUUAAAUAGGAGAAAAUGGUGCCAAUGAAAUAAGUAGAUGCAUAUAAAAUUUAUUAAGUCUAUAGACUUUAUCAUUAGAUUUAGAGAACAGUAAUUUAGGAUUAUUUGCUCAAUAAAUAGGAACUAGCUUAUCAAAAUGUACUUCUAUCACAUCUCUUAAUUUAAACUUAUCCUAGAAUAAGAUAGGAAACAUAGUAGCAUCAGGUAUAGGAUCUGGUUUAUCUUCUUGUAUAAAUCUCUAAAAGUUAUGCUUAAUACUAAACAAUAAUUAAAUAGGAGAUAAAGGACUGUCUUCUAUUAGUGAUGGUAUUAGUAAGUGCUAGAGUAUAACUUAAUUGGCAAUAGAGUUAGCUAAUAAUUUGAUUGAACAUACAGCGUCAGUUGAUCUAGGAUAAAGUAUUUCUAAUUGCUUGCUGUUAAAUUAGUUAUGUCUUAAGCUUUCUGCAAACUGCAUUGGGCAUUAUGGUACUGAAGUAAUCUGCUAAAAAAUUUCAUUAUGUAGAAAUUUAAAAGAAUUAGAUCUGGAUUUAUCUCAAAAUCAAGUGAAAGACAAAGGAGCUAUAGCUGUUGGUUAAUACAUUCCAUAAUGUAAUCUCAACAAAAUUAAAAUAAAUUUAAAUUUAAAUAGAAUAACCUGCUUAGGAGCAUAAAAAUUAGUGUAGUUUUUGGGAAAUUGUUAAAAUUUAAAUGAAAUAGAAAUAUAGCUUGCUAAUAAUUUAAUAAAAGAUAGAGGUGCUACUGACAUAUGGUAAGGAUUAUCUAAAUGCUCUAAUACCACCAGCUUAAGAAUAAAUCUAGAAAAAAAUCAAAUAGAUGAUUAAGGGUUGGUAGCAAUAGGAAAUAUACUCUCUUUAUGUAACAAAUUAGUUUCUUUAAGAAUAAAUUUAAGUAUGAAUAAGAUAAGAAAUAAAUUAGUAAUAGGACUGGGUUAAGAACUUUCGAAAUUUGUUGAUCUUUAGGAUUUAAAUUUAGAUUUAUCAAGAAAUUAAAUAAAAGAUUAAGGAGCAUCUGAAAUUGGAAUAGGAUUAUCGAAAUGUGUUAAUCUAAAAACCCUCAUUCUUGAUUUAAAAGAAAACUAAAUAGGUGAGUUAGGUGGUAACGAACUAGGAUAAGGACUUUCAUAAUGCCUAAAUUUAAAGUAACUUACUUUGACUCUUUGGGAAGUAAAAAAUGCAGAAUAAAGUGUUUAGGCCUUAAAGUUGAAGUUUAAAUAAUCAAAAAGUUUGGAUAUCUGUAAAUUAAUAGAAUGA